AUGGAAGCUGUGAACAAGGCUUGCCCGCUUACCCACCGCCAUGUGGCAAUGAUGAUUGAUUUCCUCUAUCCCCACGAGGCCUUUGCAAGAGGGCAGGUCUCCAGACUGUGGCAGCAAGCAGCAUCUGCGUUGGAUGCAAGGGAGGCUGUGCUGAGGCUCCGACCCUCGGGUUGGGUGCGAGACGCGGCAGACGCUGCAUGCCUCAAGGACGCGGCCUUCUGCAAGCGGCUACUACGGGAUUGGUGCACCUACUUGUCCGAUGCCAGUUUGCAAGUCGCCUAUGUCUCCUACAAGCAGCAUCUCGUAUUUACGGACCCUACCGCGAAAAUGGUGGCGCCACCUCAAGGAGCUGAUCUCUUCCCCGUUGAUGUGGAUCGUGACACGUACCGAUUGGUGAUCGAGACCUUUUCUGCAGACAGGCUUUGGUGGAGAUGCCUCGAGCAGGAGCUCUUCCACUGGCCCCUGGAGCCGCCGCGAGAGAAGGACCGCAACUGGGUGGAGACGGUUCGUGGAUUCUCAGCUUCUCAAGGUUCACGAGGGCUCCAACCCGAGUCAGACGACGAAGAAGGUAACGAAGAGGAAUCCGGCAAAGGCAAGGGAAAAGGAACAACAAAAGGUUUCGGAAAGGCAGAAGCAGCAGAGAAAGGAACAGGGAAGGGCAAGUUGCAGACGAAAGGUUCAGGAAAGGCCGCCGCAGGAGAAGCCGAGAAGGGAAAGGGCAAGUCGCUGACGAAAGGUUCAGGAAAGGAGGCCACAAGAGAAGCCGAGAAGGGAAAAGGAAAGGGCAAGUCGCCGACGAAAGGUUCAGGAAAGGAGGCCGCAGGAGAAGCCACGCAGAAGGGAAAAGGAAAGACCAAGUCGCCGACGAAAGGUUCAGGACAGGAGGAAGCCACAGGUGCACCACAGCGGGACAUCGACGGCCGCGACAUUCAGGAGCUGCAGCGGAAUGCCGGCGGAUACACUCGCGAGGACGAUGUUGGGAUAGAUCCUCGUGCACUACCACGGCGCACCGACGGCCGCGACCGUCAGGGAGGCGCCGCCAGUUCUUUGCCUCCGGAGCCCCGGCUCUGCGAAGCGGUGCCAGGCUACAAAGGCAGUUGCGCCAUCCCGAAGCUGCCAGAGGAUGUGCUGGCAGUCUUGGCGUUGAACGCUGCAUGGUUCACUUACAGCUUCUGGACCAGGAAGCUGCAGGCAAUCUUGCUCCUUCGUGAUGGGCGGUAUCUCCUCGUCGGAACCAGCGAGAUGCAAGGAACCAUCGAUUCGCAGGCGGCGGGAUUGGCCUGCCGCUGCUUUGUGGCCGAUUCGCUGGCAUUCAUCGUCUUGUUCGCCCAGGAUGACAUUAGCCGGCAGAUCCUGCGCGUGCGAACCCCGGAGUCACCGGACUCCAAGCGCCAGCUGCAGCGCUUGAAUGACUCGAGCUCAAGAUUGCAGAUGCCACGAGUGGAGGGCGAUGUCGGGCAGGAGGAGGUCUUCGGCAAGUUUCCCAAAGCCGACGAAGUGCUACAGUCCCUCACGCGCCCGCCGCUGUUCAGCAACACCAGCUUUGACCAGGAUCAGGCACGAGCCAGCGUGAAGAGAGGCGCAAAGUGCCGCGUGCGUCGCGAGAGUCCAACCUUCGUCUUCGUGUCCUGCAGCACCCAGGAGUGGGACCUCACAGACGGGCCCGUGAAUCCGGCCAAGGAGCAGGAGUACGUCCAGCGUGCCCAAACCUCGGACCGCAGAUUCAUCAGUUUCAGUGGCGGAUGCCAUCUGGGCCUGAAGACUGGGAGGCACUACUCCGCCGAAGUACGACAUGUUGAUGUUGCAGCUGGCACGGUGGACCUUGUCUACACGGACCACCAGGAGUGGGCCGCCGGAAACUCUGGGCACACGGGCGCCCGGGGCAGCACCGGUGUCCUUCUGCCGCCUUUGCAGGAAGCUGACGUGGAGAUGGACCGCGUGCUGCUUCUGCCCUCAGAUGAGUGGUACUGGCAAUUUCAGAAUGUCUGGGACCCCUGUGGCUGCUUCACUUGCAUGGGCCUGGAGUUUGAGCACAUGGACCCAGGCCAGGAGUCAGGAGCAGCCCCGGAAGACAAGAAGAAGAAGAAAGAGCCCCCGAAAGAGGCCAGCUGCAGCUUCCUCGAGCUUGCAGAUCUCUUUCGCGACACAUGCCAGGCUCACAUUCAUCGUUGCGAGCUGGUCUCAAAAGCAGCUGAUCUGCUGCCCGAGGACGCCGAAGAUGUUGAGCUGCUGAUGUCAGCGCUGCGAUCAUAUCGCGCAGGUCCUCCUGAGGGUAGCAAGAUGUGGCCUUCUGGCCAGCAGAUGCUGCUCGGGAAGAGACUUAUGCUGCGGCUCUUGCGCACCGAGAAAUUCUGGAAGGAGUGGACAGACAAGGGCGGAGAGAGCCCGACUUUCGUCACCACUUUGUUUGGGAGGCAGCGUUUCGUUCAUUUGGUCGAAGACUCGGCGCCGCGAUCCUGGCGGAGCCUCAGCUCGGACCUUGCCGCCAAACCUCCGGGAGGGGAGGCUCAGAUUCGGAGAAGCGUAGAAGAUCUCAUGCCCGACGAGCAGAAGGCGCUCCUGCGCGUGAUGGACAACCUCAACAGCCCAUUCGUGUCCUUGACAGGCCUUCGACACGAGCGCCUUGGGCGUGCGUCCCGCGGAUCCUGUCGAGCGGGGCAGGAGGUCUUCACCACCUUCGUCGCCUUGGUCAUUGGCAGUGCUCCCAUCCUCUUCACAUCCUUGACUGGGAUCGCAAAGGUGUGCAUGGCGGGCAUGCUCGGGGGCGUUGUGUCGGUGCUGCUGCUCUACUGUUGCUUCCCUGUCGGGGCCCUUCAUUCGGUGAGCCCGAAGCUGCCAGAGAUGGCGAUGGUUGUUUUUUCCAUCCAUCUUCUUGUUGCGCCUUGCUACAGACCCCCCUCCAGUGUUGAGCACUGCCUUUUGAGAUGUGUUCGGGUUGCCAGCAGUUAA